AUGAAGCGUAUCCAUCAAUUUGAGGGCUUUCUGGACCUCAGUUUACCCAUGUAUGGAAACGGGCUUGCCGGGCCGCGGGAGCAAGAACCCGGGCCGCCGAGCUGGAGCUCCCCUCUGCCGCGCGCCCGCUCCAGCCGUGGGGGAGGGCGUUCCGGGCAGCUCUUCACAAAGGCGCUUCCUCCCACCGCGCGGGAUGCGGCGCCGCAAACUCUGCUCCCCGCCGCCGCCGCCGCCGCCGCCGCCGCCGCCUCCCCGCGGACGGACGGGCGGGCGCGCAAGGCCGCCGCGCCGCCACCGGCACAGGUUCGGAGGAAGUUCCGCGCCGCCGGCCCUCGCGCCCCCGUUCCCCGCCCGCGCCGCACUCACCGGACGACUGCUGGGGGCCGGAACGCCAGCUCGGCCCGCCGCACGGACACCCGGGGCGCGGGGGUGGCGCGAGCACCGGUUGAACGCAGGCACCGGCGGAACCCGCUGCCUUCCCGCCAGCCGCCGAAGCCCGCGAGGCCGAGUGGAACGCCGAGCCGAGUGCGGAGGAGCGCGGACGAGAGAGAGGUUCGGGCCCGCUUGGUGGUGAAAGAGAGAAGUGAAGGAGCAGGGAACGAGAGGACACAAAGGCUAAUGGGCACAUUUGCUGGUGGUGGCAGAAGCGCACUGGGGAGAGAGGCCAGAGGAAACCUCAAGAAAAUGAAGGAGACAGCUAAGCUCAUGAACGGCUUGGAUUGAAUUCACCCUUCCAUAAGAACUUGCAAAGAAGUGAAUGACAGUAGCUCACUGAUGCCCAGUAGAUUCCAUCAGCUCCCAUUAUCUGCUUUUCUCUUCACAUGCACAGAUCCAUCCUUCUCAGCCACUGUGCUUAUUUUAGAAGGGAAAACAAGUGACUAAAGGCAUAUCUAUCUACUCCACCGUG